AUGACGAUAACUUCAGUACAUACCAUCUUACCUAGCCGGUUUGUCUCAAGUUCAACUGAGAAGCGAACUCCGAAACCUCCACCGGAGCCUUAUAAUGCCCAAGACUUUCCCUUCAAAGGCUACCAGCCUCCGCAACCUGAUGGCUAUGAGAAGAGCAAGGCCAAUCCGGACACCAGUGCUAUCGUCAUCGACAAUGGUUCUAACCUUGUCAAGGCCGGUUGGUCCUUUGAUCAGAACCCUCGAUUCAUCCUCCCUCCCGUCAUGAGCCGUUACCGAGAUCGCAAGCUCAGUCGCCAGUGCCACUUCAUCGGUUACGAUGCUUAUGUCGAUGCGACCACUCGCGGACAGCUGCGCUAUGCCUUUGAUCCUGGUUCCAGCGUUGUGGGCAACUGGGAUGUUAUGGAAGGCGUCCUCGACUAUGUGUUCCACAAGUUGGGUGUGGACGGUGUUAAUGGCGGUGUUGACCGGCCCAUCGUGAUGACUGAACCAAUCGCCAACUUGGGAUACCCAAGAAGGAUGAUGAACGAGAUUCUCUUCGAGUGUUACUCUGCGCCAUCUGUCUCCUACGGAAUUGACUCCCUUUUCGCAUACCGAUAUAACAAAGGAACAAACGGACUCGUCGUUUCCUCAUCCCACACCUCCACACAUGUUAUCCCCGUCCUCGAUUCGAAGCCACUUUUAUCCAGCUGCUCUAGACUUAAUUGGGGUGGUCUACACAAUGCCGAAUACCUCAUGAAAUUGAUGAAAUUGAAGUACCCGACCUUCCCGGCACGUAUGACCGAUAACCAAAUGGAAGAUUUGGUGCGCAAGCAUUGUUACAUAUCACAAGACUACGACCGCGAGCUGAGUGGGUAUUUGGACUGGACGGGUCUUGAGGACCGUGAUCAUGUUGUGCAGUAUCCUUUCACUGAGCAUGUUGUGGUCGAGAAGAGUGAGGAGGAAUUGGCCCGAAUUGCGGAGCGCAAGAAAGAGAGUGGCAGACGGUUACAAGAGCAAGCAGCUAAAAUGCGACUCGAGAAGUUAGUGAAGAAGGAGGGAGAACUCGAGUACUGGAAGAAUCUGCAGGAAAAAUUGGCGACCGAAACAAAGAAAGAAAUCAGACGUGUACUUGAGGCAGAGGACCUGAAGGAUGAGGUCCACCUUGAGCGGAUGAUUCGUGACUUGGAGAAGUCUAUCAAACGGUCGCGCAAUAAAGAUCUCGGCAUUGAGGAGACAGAAGAGCAACCAGAAGAGAUGACUUUCCCACUACUUGAUACUCCAGAUGAUCAGCUUGAUGAGGCUGGUAUUAAAGAAAAACGACAUCAACGUCUGAUGAAAUCCAAUGUCGAAGCUAGAGCGCGCGCCAAGGCGGAGAAGGAGCGUGAAAAGGCACGACGUGAGGAAGAAGAGCGUCUUGAUCGAGAGAAGCGGGAGAAUCAUUUUGAGGAAUGGAUUGAGGAGCGGCGAGUCAACCGCCAGGCUCUCCUCCAAAGAAUCAAGGACCGCGAUCGCAUGAAGGCUGACCUUGGAAACCGAAAGUCCCUUGCUAGUCAAAUGCGCAUGAAGACCUUGGCUAAUUUGGCCUCUGACGGUCCCAAGAAGCGCCGCCGUGGCGGUGAUGAUGAUGACUUUGGUGCUAACGACGAUGACUGGGGUGUCUACCGUACCGUCGCAACAGGCGACCAGAGUGACGAAGAAGAGGAGGAAGAUCUAGGUGGAAUGCUCAACGGCGUUGAAACCGAGCUGCUCGAGCAUGAUCCCGAGUUCACUGAGAACCACACUCUUGCCGCACAAUCUGACUGGACCAAGAGUAUGGUGCAUGCGUUCCUGCGUGGACCCUGGCCUUUCGACCCGGAGAGUCAAAGGGAAGCGCACCAGAUCCAUCUCAAUGUCGAGCGCAUCCGUGUUCCUGAAGUUGUGUUCAAGCCCUCUAUUGCCGGCGUUGACCAGGCCGGAUUGAUUGAAAUUGCUGCCAAUAUUGUCAACCAGCGUUUCUCAGGUACUGAGGACCGUGCCCGUCUCCUAAAGGAUGUUUUCUUAACCGGUGGUAAUACACUUUUCACUGGAUUUGACGAACGCUUCCGAAAUGAACUUCGUGGUUUCUUACCCAUUGAUGCGGAGUUUAAUGUUCGUCGGGCGUCUGAUCCUGUGCUGGAUGCUUGGAAGGGUGCAGCGCAGUGGGCUUCUGGUAAAGAUUUGGGCCGAUCAUCUGUGACUCGGGAAGAGUAUCUGGAGAAGGGCGGCGAGUAUAUCAAGGAGCACGAGUUGGGAAAUGCUACGUGGUGA